CAUGUCCAACACCUCGAUGAUUGCUGUAAAGCAAGCUGGGCGUGGGCAUAGAAUUACACGUUCACCAGCGGAUUGACACGAUGGCAGCUCUUUUGGAAGAUGCUCUUUUGGAGGUGCCUCUCCAAUCGUACGCUUCGCAGGCAAGUUCAAGACCGAUCAACAUAUCAAAGACAAUGAAGCCCCCUGCCUCGAUCUACACAUUCAUCAUGCAUGAGCAGCCUUCAACGUAGAAGGACAUCAGGCCAGGGCCAUCGUUAGACUGAUAUCAAAGCAGGUCCGAUCUCGGAAAGCUGCUGUGGCAAACGCAUCCGGGAGCCGAGUUUUCUAUGGAAGAACGUCAAGACCCCACCAUCACUGACUAUCUAUCUACCAAUACGGCCUCGACGAAGUCGGCCUUUUCACGGACAUCAAGCCUGAAAGGAACUCGUGAGAUUACUUAAAAAGAGUUGCAUCAAGCCUUCGCCAUGUCAUUGUAAGCACAGUGGUCUCCAAGCCAAGCUUUGCAAUUUCAUUUGUGAUACAUCAUGGGGUCCAACAACAACAGUCAUCGCUCGCCAAAAGCGUCGCAACGGCUCCGAGAACUGCUGGCAGAUUCGAACCGGAUCGUCGUCGCCCCUGGUGUAUACGAGGGCAUAUCAGCCCGCAUCGCGUUGUCCUUGGGCUUUGAUGCCCUGUACAUGACUGGUGCAGGGACGUCAAUGUCCCGCCUAGGGUGGGCAGAUCUUGGACUGGCGACACAACAUGACAUGGUCGAGCAGGCCGAGAUGCUGGCCAACAUCAACCCGUCAGUGCCCUUGAUCGCCGACGCCGACACGGGUUACGGUGGGCCCGUGGCAAUCGCCCGGACAGUGUCGAAGUAUGCCCGUGCUGGCGUCGCGGCAUUGCACAUCGAAGACCAGGUCCAGGAGAAACGGUGUGGCCAUCUCCUCGGCAAGGAGAUCGUCCCGCGAGAAGUCUUCUACAGCCGGAUCCAAGCGGCGGUCAAUGCGCGCGAGGAAUUGGGACUGGAUAUCUUGAUCAUUGCCCGGACAGACUCACGGCAAAGCUACGGGUUCCAAGAGGCGUACGAACGGCUGCGCAGGGCCGCGGAAAUCGGAGCAGACGUCGUCUUCCCGGAGGCCAUGACUUCGAAGCAGGAAUUGGCAGAUAUGGUGCGGCUUAUGGGGUCGACGCCCUGUCUGCUCAACAUGGUGACCAAAGGGGCCACGCCAGAGUUGUCGGUGGACGAAGCGAAGGAAUUGGGCUUUCGGAUAAUCAUCUUCCCCAUCUCGGGCUUUGGAGGGGCCAUCAAGGGUAUCACAGAGUCUCUGACGACUUUGAAGAAUACCGGUCGUGAACCCGUCGAUCUCAUCGGGGUCAAGGAGGCCUUUGAGUUGUGUGGGCUGAACGAUUGCAUCGAGCUCGACAAAAGGGCAGGCGGGAAGGCUCUGGCUGGUAUAAGAUGACAUACAUUCACUUCGGAGUCUUGCUGGACCUUUUUAUCUUGAAAAAAAGUUGUCUGAUUCGGCAUUGGAUCUCGCCAACGAAGCAGGUCGCGCCUCCGUUUAGCGACAUAUAUGAGAGUACAGCCCUCGGUAUGGAAACCGAUGCUUGUGUGUUUUGUAACCUUCAGACUUUCUGCUUCAUGCCCUGACCCAGCUUCAGCCGUGCAAUGAGUACAAAUCCCGCGGCGGCCAACGCCACGCCCCCGGCAUAGAAAAUGGCAGGACGAUAUGGAUCAAUUGAGGUUGGGAUCUCUGCUUUGUCUGCUGUACUGCUUUCGGAAAAGGCUCCUGCACCCACACCUGCGGCCUGAAGAAUAUAACCCGCAAUGGGAGCACCAAGAAGAUACCCACCAGUCCAACCCGUAAUGCUCAUGCUCAUGGCGACUGCCGCACGGCUGCUCUGGCCAUCCAGCUUAGACGCCGUGCUCAUCACGACGACGGGAAACAGCGUGAAGAAUGCACCGUUCGCAAGACCGUUGAUCAUGGCGAAAACGAUCAACGGACCGAUCGAGUCCGAGAAAGGCCAGAUGGCCAGCAUACUGACUGCGUUCAGGACCAUGGUGCACAGAAACAUGUUGACAGGCCCGAUAACGUCGCUGGCAUAGCCAGACAGUAGCCGCCCGAUCGCAGUGCAGCCGUUGAAUCCAGC